UCUCCUUCAGUCAAACUACAUUCAAAGAGCGGGCAGAGGUAAGGCUGGCGUCCACUCACUUCUACGAGCUGGUUAGAGGAAUCGCGGACAGCAACGCACAGAUAUUAACGUGCGUGACGGAAUUUGUUGUGACCCGCCAGCCUCCCAGGAUGGACUCUGAUAUUUUGAACAUAGAGGAGAUAGUGAUGGGCCGAGGGCUACCAGACCCACCUCCUGAAGCCCCCCCGGUGAAACCAGCAGUGGUGUACAAGCCCAUCACUUUGAAUGGACCCCCUCUCCCUGCUGUUCAGUCCUACCAGCAUGAAAACCUGCAGUGUUUCCAGUGCUUCAUCACAUUCUGCAGUGCCAAAGCCAAGGAGCGGCACAUGAAGAAGAGCCACCGGGAAGAGUACAAGCAGCAGCUUCAGCAGGGAAACACAUUGUUCACAUGUUAUGUGUGUGAUCGCACAUUUCUGUCAUCUGAGGAACUGACAGCCCACCAGCCAACUCACAGCAAGGAUGACAAGCCCUUCAAAUGUGUUCACUGCAAGGAGAGCUUUAAAACCUUCUCUGAACUCACAACCCAUAGAAGACAAGUGUGUCCGGAGAAACAGUUGGUGUGUAAAGAUUGCAAUGAAACCUUCCGGAGUGCUGGACUUCUGCGUACUCAUCGCCUGAUCCAGCACCCCCGCCCAGAUGUCGAGACUCCACAACAGCCAGAGGAGCCCGUGAAAACCCAUCACUGCAAGAAGUGCGGUCAGGGCUUUGAAAAGGAGUCCGAGCUGGUUGCUCACCAGGAGAAAUACCCAGAAGGUCAGCAAUGCAACGACAGCUCUUCAGCCGCCAAGAAACGCGGACGGCCCACCAAAACCGAAGAACCGGCUGUUGCUGAGAAAAAGGGAAAGCCGAAAAAGAAGGAUGAGGCAGAAGCACCUGAGGAAGCGGUGACGGCCAGCAGCACAUCCGUAUCAGCAGCACCUCCACCUGAGGAGAAGGGAAAGCCACGUGUAGCAAAGCGAGGCCGCCCUCCUAAAGCAGCAGCAAAAACCGAGGAGGAAGAAAAGACCCCAGAGGAUGAAGGCCCAGCUUCAGGAAAGGAGAAGAAACCGAAAGCAGACCCAGCCCCCCUGCGUCAGCACCCCUGUCCUGAAUGUGACCUCUCGUUCUCCAGCUUGAUUCAGCUCCGCGCUCAUAAGAAGGAGAAACACGCCCCGCGGAAAGCCCACCCCUGUGACGAAUGUGAAGAGAGCUUCGCCCGCCCCGAGCAGCUGGACGCCCACAUGUCAAGGGCUCAUGCUGUCGGCCGCUUUGCCUGUCCGACCUGCGGUAAGAGCUUUGGCCGUGAGCGCACAAUGAAAGCUCACCAAAAAAGCCACCCGGAUGAAAAGCCCGAAGAGCCAGCUGCGAAGAGAUAAUUGAGUUAUGGGGACAUUUUAAAAAGUGUAUGGUUUUUGAAGAUUUUAGCCAGGAAUUGUCCUUUUUUCAAUAUUGAAGAUUUGAUGCUCCACACCAUGUUUUCAGAUGAGUUUGAAAUGGUUUUGAGAAUGACGUUUUAGCAAAUUUUGGGUUGACUUAUUGAUAAUGAGCUGAUUAAACUAUGGACAAACAGACAUGUUCUCAAUUGACUAACCAAAUGUUGUUAAAUCCAUCUAUUACACGCUUUGUCACAGAACAUAGUUUAUUUGUAAAAACAAACAGUCCUGGUUAACUCUUUUUUUUUUUUUUUUGAUUUGUUUCAGUUUUUUAUGCGUGAAAUGCGUGUGGUGUGAAUUUAUAACUGUGUCUUGAGUUUAACCCACUUUGUGGUAAAAUGUUUUUAAUGUUUUUUUCCUCCUUUUUUUCAAAACCAAUUGGGUAAGUACAUAUUAUGAAGCAAAUUAGAUGCCUAGUAAUGAUAUGUUUGAAUGUGUGUCAAAAGAAAUGUUAUGUACAGCUUCUGGUUCAUAUUGUGCUUCUUUUUUUUUUUACACUUUAUAUUUUGAUUAUGUUCCUUUCUAAAUUAAGUCUCAUUGAAAUAUAAUUUUUUUUAACAACAUUGCGUUCUGCUUACAUUUUAUUUUGGCCAAGUUCUUCAGAUUAAUUGUGGAGUGUUUGGCUUGUGGGCAGAAACGAUCCCCUGUAAUCAUAAUUUUUCUUGCAGUGUAAAAAGGUUCUCCUUUAUUUUUUCACUUAUUAGAAUAAUACUUCAUGUCUUAGACAUUUCUGAAAUGGAACUCGUUGCUUUGUAAUACUUUUGAGUCCCAUAAGGAUCUGUGUAUAUCAUGUUAUUCGCUGAUUGGAUUGUUUCUCUCCCCACUGCAAUGUGUCUGGACACUGCAAAAAAAAAGUAAUAAAACAUGCUAUCCUAAGGGAGGCUGCUGAUGAAAUUA